GUGGAAGACAGUCUGUACGGAGGUUCGGCUGGGCCCUCGCCGGCGAGAUUUGGGUAUUUUGGGAAUACGGUUUGCGAGUGUGCACGCGUGGAUUUACUUCCAGCUUUGCGAAGAGCUGCAGCGUGCACGGAACCGUGUUGCUAGUGUGUGUCCCGUGCUUAGCUGAUCGGAAGAUCUGUUUCCAGUUCUGUCGUCUCGAGCCAAAUCAGAGACAUCAUGGAGGCUCCUCCAGUCACUAUGAUGCCAGUCACUGGGGGCACCAUUAACAUGAUGGAAUACCUCCUGCAGGGAAGUGUCUUAGACCACAGUUUGGAAAGUCUCAUCCAUCGCCUUCGUGGUUUGUGUGACAACAUGGAGCCCGAGACUUUCCUUGAUCAUGAGAUGGUAUUCCUCCUGAAGGGCCAGCAGGCCAGCCCGUUCGUUCUAAGGGCCCGGCGCUCCAUGGACAGGGCGGGGGCACCCUGGCACCUGCGUUACCUGGGACAGCCAGAAAUGGGAGACAAGAACCGCCAUGCCUUGGUGCGCAACUGCGUGGACAUUGCCACAUCCGAGAACCUCACGGACUUCCUGAUGGAAAUGGGCUUCCGCAUGGACCAUGAGUUUGUCGCCAAAGGACACUUGUUCCGUAAGGGCAUCAUGAAAAUUGUGGUGUACAAGAUUUUCCGAAUCCUGGUCCCAGGGAACACAGACAGCACAGAGGCCCUGUCACUCUCCUAUCUUGUGGAAUUGAGUGUCGUCGCACCAGCUGGACAGGACAUGGUCUCUGACGACAUGAGGAAUUUUGCCGAGCAGCUCAAACCUCUGGUUCACCUGGAAAAAAUAGACCCCAAAAGGCUUAUGUGAUUAAGAAAAGUCUGUCCAUCUUUGAGGUCUGUCCUCACCUGGUAGGCAGGAAGAUCUCCCAAGUGCCCCAGUUCACUCCUGCCAGUCAGGGGGACUCCCUUCAAGAAAGUGGGUGGUGAGGGUUUCGUUCCUUUGAACUGUUUCCUUUAUUCGGUAAUUUUGUUGUUUUGUGUUGUUAUUUUGGUGACAGGGUCUUACCUUGUAGCCCUGGCUCACCUGGAACUUGACUACAUCACUAGCUAGCCUGGAACUCAGGUCCCCUGCAUGUCCGUCUAAGUGCCUGUGUUAAAGGCUGUCCUUACUAACCCCGACUGUGUCUUCUCCUUGGCAGUCUUUGCUGAUUAAAGGCCCAGGAUAACAUGGAGAUUUGUUCAAGUCCUCCCUUCGCUCAAAGAGAGGGAAGUGGACUAAAUUAGCUUUUCAGAAGAAAAUGUCAAAAACAACUCUAAUCAUUGUUUUGCCCUUUGUUGUUUUGUUUUUUAUAAAAGUAUUUUCUUAUUCUGUUAUUUAUUUUUUGUUUUGUUUAUUUGUCUUGUUUUGCCAUUUAUAUAUAAGGUUUGUAGCAGCACUGUCAGCUGGCAUUGUAUAGUAAUAAAGAUGGGAAAGAAACAA